UCCGUAACGUGUAGGUUUAUGAAACGAGAAAUAUUUGUAAUUAAAUUUGCAGGGAAAAAAGGUUGGACUUGUUUUUGUUAGAGAACUUUCAUGAUGAAAUUUGCGGUUAUAUAUGCAAGCUUAUGCUUACAGUUGAUGGUAACUGGUAUAGUAAUUGCAGUCAUAGUUUUUUGUGAUGCAGCCUUUGGAGUUGGAGAUGUAAUUUAUGCUAUUAACGCUGGAGGAGAAGCCCACAUUGAUACGCAUGGCAUACACUACCGCAGGGAUCCACUUCAUGGUAAAAUCGGUACGGCUUCAGAUUUUGGAAAACAGCUUAUUAUUGGUAGAGUUGCACGCUCGGACCAAAUACUUUAUCAGACAGAAAGAUACCAUCAUGCAACAUUUGGUUAUGAAAUACCUGUGAACAAAGAUGGGGACUACGUCUUGGUGUUGAAGUUUUCAGAAGUGUAUUUCUCUUCACCAGGCAUGAAGGUCUUUGACAUUGUUCUCAAUGGUGUUCACACAGUUGUGUCAGAGUUGGAUAUUUUUUCAAAAGUUGGAAAAGGGGUAGCACAUGAUGAGUAUGUUCCUUUUAAAGUAAAAGGAAAUAAAAUUAUCGUAAAUAGUGAGGAGUCUGCUCAUGAUGGAAAAAUUAAAAUUGAAUUUGUGAAGGGUUAUAGAGACAAUCCAAAGGUAAAUGCAAUCUUAGUGAUGCGGGGAACAGUAAAUCGUAAGUGAAAUUGCU